AUGAGUGAGGAUAUUCCAAACUUUGAGAAGCCAGUCAACCAUACAUUCACUGCAGGAGAACAGAUCUAUGUUAUUGAUCCAAAUGGUUAUGAUCUUUAUGAAGCAGAAAUCAAGUCUGUCGGUGAAAAUUCGUGGCAUGUUCACUACCCAGAAUAUCCAGAAGAUGAUUUCACAGCUAAGAACACAAGUCGUUUCCUUCUCAAGACAGAUACUAAUUUUAAGAUCUACAGAGAACAGGAAGAUGUCAGACUUGCCAAGACUCUCGAGGAGGAAGAAGAGAGUACUGGCGAACCAGAUGAUCCAGAAGAUGAAGAUGCUCACAUUGAAGAAGAAGAGUAA